AUGUUGUCGAUUGAGCCAAUUUUGCGGCGUUACUUCGACAAGAAAAAGUUCCUUCAACGCGACCGCCGCAAUCCCGACACUCGCCCUGUGUUGGCCGACACCAUAGACGACUUCGGGGAGGAUGCUGACGCUAUCCAAAUGGUCAUAGACAACCCCGUUUUUUGGAGCACGGCCAGAGUCAUCCACGAGAUAGGCUAUCAAGCCGAAUACCUGGGGCGUUGGAGUGAAGGCUGCCCUUGUCACGAGGAACAUCGCCUCGCUUGGCACACGACUCCCAAGGGCGAGAGGUACAAACUGCCGAAACCACCUACUUGUGAGUUUCAAUGUUGUCGUGCGCCGGAGCUUGCGGCCGGAGACGGUCUCCGGCUGUUCCGUAGAGUUCUCUGGAUGUCGCAACAAAAUGUGCUGAGUCACCUAGCUGGGCUUCCCUUGUCGGAGCAGACAAGUUUGAGACACGAUUGGGACCACGCACGCUCCAAGAUUGAAGUUGAGCUGACACUGAAACUUGCUCACUGGGGCCAGCUGCCUCAUCUGCUUUGUGCUCUCGCACAUCCUCAUCCCAGUCAGGUCAUGAGGGCGGCGAAGACAGCAUUGAAGAUGUUCGAUGAGCGCUCGCCAGGGUCGGAGCACCAACAAAGCAUGCGAUUCUUGGAUCCUGCUUGGCGUGGACCUUCUUCGGACGAUCGAGAAGAGCCACUCCGUCCUUUUGUGGAAGAUCUUGCCAAUGGGACCAAGCGUGUCGAUGAUAUCGACAAUGAAUGCUUUCAAUCGCAUAUCCGCAGGUCGCCUUCCAUUAAGCUCCCCGCCCUCAGCUUUGAAUUGCGAUGUGAGAACCUUUGUCGCUUGCUGCUGGAAAGCCCGGAGGCCUUGCGAGACUUGUCUGCAGCGUUCAUGAAUGAGAAGAACCCUUUCGAGAAGAAGGAAGGAUGGCGCUCCGCGGUUGCGUUGGUGCUGGGCAUGUCCGAAUGCCGCAAGCAGGAGCUCAUGAAGAUGGAGGAUCAUCAUGUGUCGCGGCUGCUGUACCGGGACAACAUCCAUGUGAAACACCACGACGUCAAGUCAGUGCUUCCGGUUGCCGAUGUUUUGCCCAACAUGGUGAAGUCGAAACCUGCGCUCAAGCCGAAGCCUCCGACGUCCUGGGAGGUAGUGGCGCUCCUCAAGCAAGCUUUGGAGGUGGUCUGCAGGACCAGCAAUGCGACGGUCGUUCUUUCCAUGCUGACGAGUGUCGUUGGCCGGCCCCUGGAAGAUGACGUUCUGCUGAUGAAAGGUCUCUCUUCGAUCUCUACGUUCAAGACAGUAGAGCUCAUGGCUCAGAUUUACAAAGUUGUCGAUGCUCAAUACGAUUCGGAACAGCGGAAGGUGUCCUUUGUGACUGUCGUUCCUGUGCCAACCCGGGUUCAGGCCACCUCCUGGUUCUUCGGCAAUCUUACGUUGCUGCUCAGAAUGGCAGAUAGUGGCAGCUUCCAGAACAGGGGGACGGAUUUCUAUUGUGGUGAUGUUGCACCUGGCGAUGUGACUGACUUGAUGGAGCAGGGCUAUGUCGUCAGAUCAAAGCAGGACCGAAAUGAUUUCAUUACAAUGACUGACAAAGCACGGCAGGCCUUGCUUCUACCAAUCUGCCUCGGCAACCCCAAGAAGCUAGGCGAGUACUGUCGGAAUAUCCCCCCAGACCAGAUGACAGUCGCCGAGCUCCUGAAUCAGCUUGCAGUGAAAGGAUGGAAGCAAGAGUCCAAAGGCUCUCGACCCGCAAAUAAGAUCGUUCCGCACAAGCUUAAGGCCAGGAAGAAGAUUUUCUACGUCGAGGAUUCCAAAGCCCCUUUCAGAAGUUAUCUUCAGUCAUUGCUUGUGGCCGACGAAUUGAAAGCCCCAGAAAUUUUCCAUUUCCAGAUUGAUGCGCCAUUCGACCAGUUGCAGACAGGAAUCUUUGAUGUGCAUGGUGCCGAUGACAUUGCUGAUGGUCCGGAUACCAACCCCGGCAAACAAGGGCCAGCAGGGCCAGCAGUGGCAAUGGCGACGGAGCCCAGGAUCGAGCGUGGUGCGAUUCCAGAUGGGCCAGAGGAACCAUAUGAAUUUUCAGACGAUGAAUUGCCUCAACAAUCAAAGCGAGCCCGUCGAGACCCUGCGUCGGGAUCUGGAAUCGGAGCCCAUGCAGGUCCUGCGGUCGCGGCGUCUCGGUUCGCAGAAUCCACGGUGUCUGUCGCUGGUGGCCGGUUCCUAAUCGUGAAACGACACGACGGGUCUGUACCUCAGCUCGCAAAUGUGCUGAUCAUGCAAACAUGGAGACCGGUAUCCCCUCGAAGGUUUGGCUCCUGA